GUGACGCCAUUACGUUCGACGGCUCUCUCGAACCAGCCAAUCCCAUCGCGCUGUUUCAAGGAGAGUCACGAAUGUUCGUGUUGACAGCAUUGUUGCUGCGUUUUUGGAGCAAUAAAACAGUAAAAUAUACAUUAAAAACUUCCGAGGGUGCGGGAAGUUGAGCUGCUUACACACCGUCGGACAUGAACAGCGUCGGGGAAGCAUGCACGGACCUGAAGCGCGAGUACGACCAGUGCUUCAACCGCUGGUUCGCCGAGAAGUUCCUGAAGGGGGACCGGAGCGGCGACCCGUGCACCGAGACCUUCCGGAAGUACCAGCGGUGCGUGCAGAAGGCCAUCAAGGAGAAGGACAUCCCGAUCGACGGAGUGGAGUUCAUGGGCCCCAACAAGGACAAGCCCGAGAGCUGAUGGCAGAAAGAAACCCCUAGACAGAUGCAUAAGUACUGAGAUCACCGGGGUGGUGCGGCCAUGAGGGCCUACUGAGCAUGCGCAGAAGCAGAGAAGCUGUUGGAGCCCUUGUGUGUGUGUGUGUGUCGUGGAUGGAUUAAGAGAACAUGUGUAUGUUAGUGCAGCUUUAAACACACGGAACUGAUCCCAGGACAGUUUUUAUUUUGUUCAACCUGCUGCUUACUGAGCAUGCGCAGAAGCAGAGCAGCUGUUGGAGCCUGUGUGUGUGUGAUGUUAGUGACGAUUUAAACACACAGAACUGAUCCCAGGACAGUUUUUAUUUUGUUCAACCUGCUGCUUACUGAGCAUGCGCAGAAGCAGAGUUUCUGCAGGUGUGUGUGUGUGUGUGUGUGUGGGGGGGGAUUUGGACACAUGGAACUGAUCCCAGGACAGUUUUUUUUUUUUUU